CGGGGUGGCAACGCUGGGCGACGGAACAGCUGUUUAAAAACCAAAAACGUGGAGAUACUGAAGAAGUAAAAUCAUUUGAGAGUACCGAGAACGCUAGGAAAGUUUCCCCAAAGAGCGCCCAAAUAAGUCCCAAAAUAAAAAUCGAGUCAGCCGAAGAGAACCGCCUCCUCCGUUUGCGACGAUAAGCAAAAGCCCGCUCUCUCGUUGGAGGUAUAAAUUCUGAAUGGCAUUAAAAAGUUGCGCUCUUUUUCUUCAGAACCGUCGCUAAGAUAGGACGUGUAUUGGCUGCGCCGCUGAUUUGGUUGCCGUCGCUGAACCAGUAUAACUCAGAAACACUCCACCAACAAUUUAGCCGACCGGAACUCGGGUUAUAGCACUGCUCCCCCAUUGCCCCUACAAACUUCAAGCUACAUAUUACAAACUACCCAUCAACAUGCCGCAAAAGACAAACGGACACAGCGCCAACGGAUGCAAUGGCAGCAAUGGCAACUCAUAUGACAUGGAAGACGGAGCUACAUUCCUGUUCACUUCCGAGUCCGUUGGCGAGGGUCAUCCAGACAAAAUGUGCGACCAAAUCAGCGACGCUAUCUUGGAUGCCCAUCUGAAGCAGGACCCGAACGCGAAGGUGGCCUGUGAAACCGUCGCCAAGACGGGCAUGAUUCUGCUCUGCGGCGAGAUCACUUCAAAGGCUGUGGUCGACUACCAGAAGGUUGUUCGUGAGACAGUGCAGCACAUUGGCUAUGAUGACUCCUCCAAGGGUUUCGAUUGGAAGACACUUAACCUGCUAGUAGCCAUCGAGCAACAGUCGCCCAACAUUGCCAACGGUGUUCAUAUCAACCGCGAAGAAGAAGACGUCGGCGCUGGUGACCAGGGUAUCAUGUUUGGAUAUGCCACCGACGAAACCGAGGAAUGUAUGCCCCUCACCGUCGUUUUGGCUCACAAAUUAAACGAAAAGAUUGCUGAGCUGCGUCGCUCAGAUGUCUUCUGGUGGGCUCGCCCCGAUUCCAAAACACAAGUCACCUGCGAGUACCUCUUCAAUCAGGGAUCAGCAGUUCCCAAGCGUGUCCACACUAUUGUAGUGUCCAUGCAGCAUUCUGAAAAGAUAUCGUUAGAAACCCUGCGCUCGGAAGUAAUGGAGAAAGUUGUUAAAGUGGUCAUUCCCGCCAAAUACAUUGAUGCCAACACCAUUGUCCACAUCAAUCCCUGUGGACUCUUUGUUAUCGGUGGACCAAUGGGUGACGCUGGGCUUACAGGAAGAAAAAUCAUAGUAGACACUUACGGAGGCUGGGGCGCCCAUGGCGGCGGUGCAUUCUCUGGCAAGGACUUCACCAAGGUUGACAGAUCAGCAGCAUACGCAGCACGCUGGGUGGCCAAAUCACUGGUUAAGGCCGGUCUCUGCAAGCGCUGCCUUGUCCAAGUGUCCUAUGCAAUUGGUCUUGCUGAGCCUCUCUCCAUAACUGUGUUCGACUACGGAACUUCCCACAAGUCACAAAAAGAACUUCUGGAUAUCAUCCGUAAAAACUUUGACCUCAGGCCCGGCAAGAUUGUCAAGGACCUAAACCUGCGCCAGCCGAUAUACCAGCGAACAAGCACUUAUGGACACUUCGGUCGCGCGGGCUUCUCAUGGGAGGAGGCCAAGCCUCUGGAGACUGAUAACUGACUAGACGCUGAAGCGUUGCAACCGCAGUCACCAUAUGCUAAAAGGUCGAAGCUAUCCUUAUAUUCAUCAGCGUCAAAAUUAACAGAUACCCAAGCACCAACGUAAUUUUUAGUGUCGUUUUUAAAGCCUAAAGUCAGAGGAAAAGGCGGCAUAAGCUUGCCAACUCUUAUGUGCUUUCUUCUCUAACUGAUUCUGUGCUCUUCGCUAUAUAAUUUAAACCAUUCUUAUGUGUGUAGUCUUCUCACACAGAACUAGUUUUAGUCGUCUUAAUACCCGCAUAUACACCUAAUAGAGAGCUCCAAAACAAUUGAUGAGCUUUAGUUAUGCAUAUACAUAGUAUAGUGUCGGUCAGUUCAGUAAAAAUUAAAAGCCGUAGUUAGUACCUCCUUUAAUUAUCAUGCAACUUUAUUAUGUUGGUGUCUAUGGAAAUUGUAUAAAACAGUUAAAUCAGUUGCCUAGAAAUUAUGCAACAUUCUCAUGUCCCCAUUGUAAACUUAUUUUUGUCUCUUUUAACAUUUCUAUUUGUUGUAUGCGUUGUAUAUGUUUAACCUAAAGUUUUAAACAACUCGAUUGUAUGUACAUUACACUCUGUCUUUGUAUUUUCUGUAACCAACCAUAAGAUAAUGUAUUUUCCUUUACAAAAAUAUAUUAAAGAUAAAGAUGAAAAGUUUAA